UUCCUGUUAUGUUGUCGUCGGUCAGAGUACAAAAUGGGACGUGAUUGAAAAUCGAACAUAAACAAUUGGUGUUAACGAAGUAUUAAGUGACUACUUGUGAUCUAUUUUACAUUUGUGAUAACUUGCUUAUAAAAUGGCAACGGAAAUUCUCUCCAGCCGUCAGAUCAAAGCUCUAAAAGAGCAUAAGUAUAGUGCCGAAGGCUCGUCCAUCUGUGAGCCUUUCAUGCAAGUUUUCUGGAGGUGGCUUGUUGAACAAAUACCAAGAAGUUGGGCACCCAACACUAUCACCCUGGUAGGGCUACUGCUAAAUGUAUUGACAACAUUUAUACUCAUCUGCUACAACCCAGAUGGAGAAAGAGAGGCUCCAGGCUGGGCAUACCUAGGAUGUGCUGUUGGUCUGUUCAUAUACCAGUCACUGGAUGCUAUAGAUGGUAAACAGGCAAGAAGGACACAGUCUAACACACCUCUCGGAGAAUUGUUUGAUCAUGGCUGUGAUUCUUUAUCUACAGUGUUUGUGAUGCUUGGCUGUUGUAUAUCAUUGAAGUUGGGACACGAUCCUAUGGUAUUGCUAUUUGAGAUGUGUCUUUCCGAGUUCUGUUUCUAUUUGGCUCAUUGGCAAACAUAUGUUACAGGAACCCUCAAGUUUGGAAUGAUAGAUGUUACAGAAGGACAAUUCUUUGUUAUGGCUAUUUAUACACUGUGUGCAAUAUCACCUGGAUUUUUUGAUAUCACUUUACCAGUGUUUGGAAUACCUCUACGAUACCUGUGUGUACUAGGCAGUAUAGGUCCAUCAUUGUUCUUUGUAUUUAAAACAGGCAGUCUUAUUUUACAAGGCGGUGUGGGGAAAAAUAAAUCUACAGUAGCAGACUCUAGUACUAUAUUCCCCAUAGUUCAUAUAGGACUGGUGAUAGUCUUACAAGUGAUUAUAGCAACAAAAACAUCCAUAUAUACAGACCAGCCAUGUUUAUAUCUGGUCAGCUUUGGAUUUGUUACGUCAAAAAUUACAAAUAGUUUAGUGGUAGCCCAUAUGACGAAAUGUGAGAUGCCAGUACUAGACUGGAGUUUACUGGGUCCUAUGAUGUUGUUUAUGAACCAGUACUUCAAUUCCAAGUUUCCAGAAUAUAUCCUUCUAUGGAUAGUAUGUAUAUACAGCAUUCAGGACUGGAUCAUGUAUAGUUUGAGAGUGUGUCGAGAAAUCUGUUCUCAUCUAAACAUUUACUGCUUUGAUAUUACAAGCAAACCAAAUCCUGAGCGACGAAAUUCUAACGGUCGAAAAGCACGGUAGACUUGUACUCUCAACAGAGACAGUGCAACAUUGUACAGCAAAUAUUUAUUCUAACAUAGCUAUAAAGGAGUGGAAUGGCCCUUACUUUGUUUUAUAUUGUUUGUAAGUGAAAGGAGCGUGUAUUUGGUGAUCUCAGUCACAACUUUGGCCUCUUAAUCUGUACCUCCAUAGUUUUAACGUUGUUUCAUUUUUAGCUCAUCUGAUUUUUUGAAAAAAAAUGAUGAGUUAUUGUCAUCACUUGAGCGGUUGUCGGCGUCGGCGUCGGCGUCUGCGUCGGCGUUGCCUGGUUAAGUUUUAUGUUUAGGUCAGUUUUUCUCCUAAACUAUCAAAGCUAUUGCUUUGAAACUUGGAAUACUUGUUCACCAUCAUAAGCUGACCCUGUAUAGCAAGAAACAUAACUCCAUCUUGCUUUUGCAAGAUUUAUGGCCCCUUUUGUACUUAGAAAAUAUCAGAUUUCUUGGUUAAGUUUUAUGUUUAGGUCAACUUUUCUCCCAAACUGUCAAAGCUAUUGCUUUGAAACUUGGAAUACUUGUUCACCAUCAUAAGCUGACCCUGUACAGCAAGAAACAUAACUCCAUCUUGCUUUUUGCAAGAUUUAUUGCCCCUUUUGGACUUAGAAAAUCAGUUUUCUUGGUUAAGUUUUAUGUUUAGGUCAGCUUUUAUCCUAAACUAUCAAAGCUAUUGCUUUAAAACUUGCAACACUUGUUCACCAUCAUAAGUUGACCCUGUACAGCAAGAAACAUAACUCCAUCCUGCUUUUUGCAAGAUUUAUGGCCCCUUUUGGACUUAGAAAAUAUCAGAUUUCUUGGUUAAGUUUUAUGUUUAGGUCAACUUUUUCUCUUAAACUAUCAAAGCUAUUGCUUUGAAACUUGCAACACUUGUUCACCAUCAUAAGCUGACCCAGUACAGCAAGCAGCGUAACUCCAUCCUGAUUUUUGCAAUAAUUAUUGCCCCUUUUGGACUUAGAAAAUCAUUUUCUUGGUUGAGUAUUAUGUUUAAGUCAACUUUUCUCAUAAACUAUCAAAGCUAUUGCUUUAAAACUUGCAACAGUUUUUCACCAUCAUAAGUGGACACUGUACAUCAAGAAACAUAACUCUAUCCUGCUUUUUGCAAGAAUGAUGGCCCUUUUUAGACUUAGAAAAUCAUAGGUAGGACAAUAUUUCUAUUACACAAAAAAAAUCAGAUGAGCGUCAGCACCCGCAAGGCGGUGCUCUUGUUUUGACAUUCAUUUUUAUUGAGCUGAUAAUAUGAGCCGCACCAUGAGAAAUCAACAUAUUGCAUUUGCAACCAGCAUGGAUCCAGACCAGCCUGCGCAUCCACGCAGUCUGGUCACGAUCCAUACUGUUCGCUAACAGUUUCUCUAAUUGCAAUAGGUUUGAAAGUGAACAGCAUGGAUCCUGACCAGACUGCCAAACGCGCAGGCUGGUCUGGAUCCAUGCAGGUUGCAAAUGCACUAUAUUGGUUUUCUCAUGGUACAGCUCAUAUAUAGAACCAAUAUUCAUCCAUGUUUUUUUUAUCUGAAAUGUAGUUGCAGAUGACACAGUUUUUAAUUUAAUCCAGCUUUCAUUAGAGUACAUAUAUUCAGAUGAAACUUGGCUGGUAUUUUAAGACUAAUUUUACUCUUUGUUUUUGCUUUGUUGAAUAUGUGCAGAUAGUAUCUGUAAUAUUGGAUUAAGAUGAACACGGAAAUACAAUUUAAGCAUUUUAAAGUCAAACUAAGGAUUUCGAAUGUUUUGAUGACAUUGAGUGCUACAUGUAUUUGGAAACUGUUCUGACAGUUAUAGAGAGUACCACAGAUAAUACUGUACAAAGCAGUUUGACUUGAGGUUAUAUAAUAAUCUUAGUGACCAGUCUGAAAACACUAACAUUUUAUUAUUUUAUAACAUAAAUUUAGAGCCGACCAAUAAGAAUGAUGCAGUUAGGGAGUGGUCAUCAUCUUGUGUUUGUAACCUCAGAACCUUUUCUUUCUUGACAAGAUUUGACAGGUCUAGCAUAUUGGGGAUGUUAAGGCACAUGAUUUUGUGUUGAAACAGUAUUUGGAAUGAAAAAAAAAAAUCUUCCUCUGAAAAAAUGAAAUAAACACCCCCUCCAGCAGUACUGGUCUAUGUGCAAGACAAUAUUUGAGCCUAUAACCUACAGGGUAGAAGGCGGCUAUAUAACCUGUAUCACUUAGCUGCCAGUAAAAUGCAUAAUGCUGAAAGCGGUGUCCAGUCUGACUCCAACAUUUUUGCUCAAGUGUAAGCUUACAUUUUCUUUGAUAACUGUCAUGCAUUGUUUGUGUGAAAUGGCUUUUAUUGAGCCAGGGUUUUUACACAAAUAUUGAAAAGACCUUGAUUUUUUUUCUUGGAACUUUUAUAUGAACCAUGCUGUCAAAAUUUCAUGUAUAAUUUCAUAAUUUCAUUAUUACAGAAUACAGAUAUAUUUAUGCCUUCAUUUGUGUAUACCGGUACAGAUUAUUUUUAUGUAGUAUUAAGCAGAAAGAUAUUAUUAAUACAGCUUAUCUAUAGAGCCUGAACAAACAUCAUUAUUUCAUGCUUUUGAGAGACAUUUACUGUAUAUAUCCACCAAUAAGUCUAGUCAGACUUGUCAAAAAUUUAACAAUGACCAGUAUUCUUGUAAUUUAUUUGAUCACACAUUCUUACCAUGUCUAAAUAAGAUUCAACAGAAUUCAUUUGUUUUGGUAAUUGCUUACAGCUGUCAACAUGUAUUUAAGUCCAGGUUUUAAAACUUAGUUUAAAAACCUGUCCAUACACUCUAGCAUUUGAUUGGUUGAUUAUGGACUUAGCCAUAAAAUUAUCCAAUGACACGGCUGCAUUGUAAGACUGGUUCCCAAGCUCAGUUUUAUAACCACGGAACAAGACUAUAUUGAACCUUUAAUACUAAAACUUCAGAAAUGCAAAACUUUUAACAAGAAGAUGGAAUUUUAUGCUCCUGCUGAAAUGUAUAAUAAACCUUUCAUAGAAUUACUUAAACAUUUUUAAUUAGUAUAUAAGUACGCCCACUUAAAGACAUGCAAAGGUAAUAUGAGCCGUGCC